GUCGAAUCAAAUGAAACCAUGAGUUGGCGGUAGCCAAUCGGAUUCGUCAUCUUGCAGUAUUUCGCUGAGGCAGGUCUAGCUACAGGCACCUUCAAGACCGCGUAAUAACGUUUUGUUGGACCCCAUUAUCUAGCCGGAGAAAGAACGCCUGCUACGGGACAAGGUUGAUAAGAUGGGUAAAGAUCCAAGGAAGCCGCGAGGGAAAAUGUCCUCAUAUGCCUACUUUGUGCAGACGUGCAGGGAGGAGCACAAGAAGAAACACCCUGAUGCCUCUGUCAAUUUCUCUGAGUUCUCCAAGAAAUGCUCUGAGCGGUGGAAGACCAUGUCUGCCAAAGAGAAGGGUAAGUUUGAGGACAUGGCUAAACAGGAUAAGGUCCGCUAUGAGAGAGAAAUGAAAAAUUACAUCCCACCUAAGGGUGAAAAGAAGAGACGGUUUAAGGACCCCAACGCUCCAAAAAGACCACCGUCUGCAUUUUUCAUUUUCUGCUCAGACUUCCGCCCGAAGAUCAAGGGGGAAAAUCCAGGUCUGACUAUUGGAGACAUUGCAAAGAAACUAGGGGAGAUGUGGAACAGCUCCGCUGCUGAGGUUAAGCAGCCUUAUGAAAAGAAGGCUGCAAAACUGAAGGAAAAAUAUGACAAGGAUAUUGCUGCAUAUCGUACAAAAGGAAUAGCAGGUUUGUCCAAAAAGGGUGAUGGAGAUGAUGAUGACGAUGAUGAUGACGAUGACGAUGAUGACGAUGAGGAAGACGACGACGAUGAAUAGAUUAGCUACUGAUAUAGCCUGAAUUCCUGUUGAUGCCAUUAAACCCAAUUGUACACACUUUCACCUCUCAAAGUACAACAGGAACAAGACAUGUUAGGCUGUGUAUAUGAAAGGUUUUUAAGAUGUACAGUGUUAUUCUCCUUUUGUAAAGUUAACACUAUGUGUCUUCAGUCCUAUUUUUAUUUCUUAGUGGUAGUUCUUGCCUGGAGCAGUUUUAGGGAGAGGAUUUAAACUAUGGAAGUAGCUAACUGUUUUCCCAAAGGUGCACAGCACAAUAUCUUGUGUAUGUAGGUUGGUAGGUACAUCUAUCAUAUUUUAGUUUUUUUGUUUUGCUUUGUUUUUUUUUGUAUUUGCCAUCAUAAGGUCCUUAUAACUGUACUUUGAAUACCACUCUAAUUGCAAGAAUGCAGCUCUUUUGUUGACAUUCAAGAAUGUGUCUGAAAUAAAUUUUCUUUUUUAAAAAAAAAAUGUUUUAGGACUACUUGUAUUUUGCUUGUAUUUUACGUUUUGGAUUUGCAGAAAUGUUUGGGGAAACUCAUGCAGGGACAGGAUAGCAUAUUAGCAUUUACACCAACAUGAACUAUAUGAGAAAAUAACUGAUCGUUCCCUUUUGUUCCCCUAAGGUAGUCUGCUAGUGUCAUUACUACAUUUGUGUAAUAAAUCAACUUGUGGGUCA